CUCAUCGAGAAAAUCAAAACAAGAUGGCGCUGUCCAUCGAAAAAAAAUCGGUUCUCUGGUAUUUUUCUUGAUUUCUGUCUUGUGGACGUCGUAAACUCCUUUCCAGUUCGAUGCAUCUUAAGAGAACUGACUGAGGGAAAAUCAUGGAUGCCAAAGGAAAGGCUAUUCGCGUCAAUGCAGCGUCGAUUGUUGACUUGAAAGCAGAACUGAUACGGAAGCAGGGUGAGUUUAAGAAGGAGAAACUGCAGCCUUCAACAACAGCAAAGCCUAAAGUAUCCUCCAAACAGAAAGGUGGUAUCUUCAACAAGUCUAAUGCAGGAGUGGCUGAGAGGUCCCAGAGGGACGUGGAACAGCAGGCAGAGGACAGGAAAAACCAUGACAAGUCCAGAGCUGCUUUAGAAGAAAAGGCCAAACUGUAUGAUCAGAUGAUGAAGGGCAACACAAUACCAGAUGAGGAUGGCAGUGGAGUUUUCCUGGUUGACUUUCAGAAGAAAGUUCUAGACAGUGUCAAGGCACAGGCCAGAGAGGAUGCUGGGAAAGGUCAGAGUGCGGAAGGUGAAAGGUUAGCCGCUGAAGAGGAUGCUGGGAAUGAUGAUAUCCCCGAACCAUCCGACCCUGAGGAACAAUGGGUAGACUAUGUGGACUCCUUGGGGCGGUCCCGCCGCUGUAUGAAGAAAGACUUAGCUGCUUUACAGGACAUGGACAGGAAAUUGGGACCUGAGCACAGCCAGGGGAGUAAGGACUUGAUGUCAGCCGACAUGAUCAGGGAGGAACAGAGACAGAAAUGGGAGCAGGAAGAACAGGAGGCACUGAGUCGGCCUGUAGGGCCUGUACACUACCAACAGGUCCGACAUAACGAGGUGCGAGAUAUGGGUGUCGGCUACUACGCCUUCUCAAAGGAAGAGACGGAGCGACAGAAACAGAUGGAAACCCUCAGUAUGCUGCGGGAGGAGACCCAGGACCAGAGGGUGAAGAGAGAGAAGUUGAAGGAGAAGAGAAGAGCAGCUCUACAGGCCAGGCUGGCUAAGGUGAAGCAGAGGAAGGCAAAGAGACUGAAGGGGGAGGGGGGCGAGAUGGAGGAUGAAGGUCAAGAUGGCAGCCCUGACCUUGGUGCUGAAACAGAGGACCAGGAGGUUCAGAAGGAGCCUGAACCUGAACCUCUGCAGAGGGACGAGACAUGGAGGCAGUCUGCACCUCUCAGGGAGUGGGACAAGGGAAAAGAAAAAAAAUUUCCGUGGAUCAAAACAAAGGAAGAACUGGAAGAUGAGAGGCCGUCAGAAUUCGCACCACCAAAGGAGUACUACGAAUCAUCCCCAUCCAAACAGCAAGCUCUGGCACAGAAGCAGAAAAUUCCUUGGAAAAAGAAACCAGCAACAGCAACUAAUGCUAAUAUGGAUAGAACAUCUGAAUCAUCUUCACAAGAAACAACUAUGACCCAGCCAACACAACAACCCCCACAGCCAACAAUACAAUAUCCCCCUUUCCCUCCUCCUCCCCCCACAAUGCAUGGUGUAUUUCCCCCACCAUUUAUGCAAGGUUGGCCUCCCUACCCCCCACCUCCACCACCUAUGCCCUUUGACCCUUCAACUUUACCAGGUAACCCAAACCCGUCACCAUAUGCCGCUGCUUCAAGUUUCGCUUCAAAUACGACGAGUCAGGCGGAAACAACACCUCGGACUUCUACUAAUUCCGCCUCUCAACAUGACACAUUGGAUAGCGCCCUUUCAUAUUUCAGAAAAAAUGCCAACUGAGAAUUUGGAAAUGUAACAUGACCAUAAUUCUGCUUUGGCCACGAUUCUUCAUGUUUCCUAACAUGUUACCUAACCAGUACCAUUUAGUGACUUUCACUGCUUUUGUUUAAUGUAAUUCUAGUCUCAGGCCAGUCAGCUAAGAUUGUGCGUUGUAUUAUGUCAAUGAAGGUUAGACAUUCAGGAAUAAGAUGCAAAAGAUACAUGAGCUCAAGAAGCUAGAUUAGCUUUGGGUCAGAUUCAUAAGUACCUUUUACGAGUCACUGACAAAAGGUAGUUGAUACUACCAAAAACAUCAUACCGUUUGGAAAACUAUUCAGUUGCCUGUGUAACUGUUACCAUACAUACUGGUAAGAUUGUGUGACGUAUGUAACAUGUACUAUGUAAAAUUGUAAUAAACCGUACAAAGUGUCACAGAA